GUAAAGCCGUCUGGAAAGAGAGGGAACCUUCGCUCGAGUCUCCCCUUUAUACCCCUCCAUCCAAAAUGCAAAGCCGCAAGAAAUUGAAAACCAGACCCCACCAUAGACCUUCCAGAUUCCAGCUCUCAUCUCCGAUGCUUUAAACUGUUCUCCAUCCAUGAAUUGCUGAUUAAAGCCCUCGAUCUUUACGAUUUUGCCCUCCACAAUACUAUAUUUAUGGUCCUCUUCGCCUUAUUGUAUUCCGCAGAAGAGAGGGUGAGGGAGAGAGAGAGAGAGAUAGAGAUCAUCACUUCAGCUCAGCCAUGGCGAGGCUUCGUUUUGUUUUAUCCUUCCUCUUCCUUUUCAUCCUUCAGGCCAUUUACGUCGCAACAGACUCGGAAUCAUUCAUUGGGGUAAACUACGGGCAAGUCGCCGACAACCUCCCUCCGCCGUCGGCCACCGCCAGGCUUCUCCAAACCACCGCGAUUGAAAAGGUCAGACUCUACGGGGCGGACCCGGCCAUCAUCAAGGCCCUAGCGAACACCGGCAUCGGAAUCGUAAUCGGCGCCGCGAACGGCGACAUCCCCGCCCUAGCAGGCGAUCCCAACUUUGCCAAAAACUGGAUUAACACUAACGUCCUUCCCUUCUAUCCUGCGAGCAACAUCAUCCUCGUCACCGUCGGCAACGAGGUCAUGACCUCCACCGACCGGAACCUGAUGACGCAGCUGCUGCCGGCUAUGCAGAAUCUCCAAAAUGCCCUUAACGCCGCUUCCCUGGGGGGCAAGAUCAAGGUGUCCACCGUCCACUCCAUGGCGGUGCUGAAGCGGUCCGAGCCGCCUUCAUCCGGGUCCUUCGACCCGGGCUUGGCGGACCUCUUGAAGGGACUGUUGGGGUUCAAUAACGCCACCGGCUCGCCUUUCGCGAUCAAUCCCUACCCUUACUUCGCUUACAGGAGCGAUCCGAGGCCCGAAACGCUGGCGUUUUGCCUUUUCCAAAACAACCCGGGACGGUUCGACCCGGGAACUAAGAUCAAGUACGCUAACAUGUUCGACGCACAGGUGGAUGGUGUCCGAACGGCAUUGAACUGGAUGGGUUUUAAAGAUGUGGAAAUAGUUGUUGCAGAGACAGGUUGGCCGUACAAAGGCGACGAGAAUGAAGUGGGACCGAGUAUGGAAAAUGCCAGAGCUUAUAACGGCAAUUUAAUCGCGCACCUGAGAUCAAUGGCGGGGACGCCGUUGAUGCCGGGAAAACCAAUAGACACGUAUCUCUUUGCCCUUUAUGACGAGGACCUUAAGCCUGGGCCGAGUUCUGAACGGGCUUUUGGGCUUUUUAGGCCCGAUCUCACCAUGACCUAUGACGUUGGCCUCUCCAAGACUAGUCAGACUCCAGUGGCAGCAGCGCCACCCAAGACUCCGGCAGCUCCAAGAACUCCGGUGACCCCAUCGCCGAAACCAAAUGCAGGAUCAUGGUGCGUGCUGAAGGCGGGCGUCACGGACGCCCAAUUGCAGGCAAAUCUGGACUACGCGUGCGGGCAGGGCAUCGACUGCAGCCCUAUCCAGCCCGGCGGAGCAUGCUUUGAGCCAAACACCUUAGCGUCGCACGCCGCCUAUGCCAUGAACCUCCUCUACCAAUCCUCCGGCCGGAACUCUUGGGAUUGCGAUUUCUCCCAAACGGCCAACCUCUCCUCCAAGAAUCCCAGUAAGCCCACGUCCAUUCUCAUCCUGGCUAUGGUGGUUGCAUUUAUCCUUCCGGGAGUGCCUAAGAGUUGAGGAAAUUGGAACAAUAGAAAGAUGGUGGGGUUUAGCCUUCCUUUUUCUUUUUCUUUUUUUUUUUUCUUUUUCUUGACUUAAUUGGUAAGGUAUGUUUCUAUGUGCCUAUGGAUGGAAGAGAGAGCAUGGCAAUGUGUGCAACUUUGUGAAUGAAGUAUUUCAGUGGUGCCUUGGGGUACUAGGAAAAUCCCUAACCCUAAACCCAUGUAUUCAUGCUUUUGUAUAUACAGUCAAGAUGUGCAAAGUUUAACCAA